GUUUCAAAUUCGUAAAUGGAUUCACAGGUUUCCUUUUGCUCUACGAGCACUGCUUUCUGUUUCGUGUUCUUCUCUUUUACCCUCUUGUUUUCUUUGUUUUCUUUGCUGGUCUUUGUUUUGAGGUCGAAGCUCUGGUGUAAUUGUGAAACCUGCCAGGCUUAUCUUACUUCCAGUUGGAUCAGAGAAUUCGACAAUCUUUGUGACUGGUAUACUCACCUUCUUAAAAAAUCCACCACUGGAACCAUCCAUAUCCAUGUUAUUGGCAAUAUCAUCACCGCAAACCCAGUAAACGUCGAGCAUGUUCUUAAAAACAGAUUUGAGAACUACCCAAAAGGGAAACCUUUCUCCAAUCUCCUCGGUGAUCUUCUUGGUAGAGGUAUUUUCAAUGUUGACGGCGAUUCAUGGAAGUUUCAGAGGAAAAUGGCCAGCCUCGAGCUUGGUGGCGUCUCCGUAAGAGCGCACGCAUUUGAUAUUGUCAAGUCAGAGAUUCAAUCCAGGCUUCUCCCUCUUCUAUCAUCGGUUGCGGGUAAAGAACAGGUUCUUGAUUUACAAGAUGUGUUUAGAAGAUUUUCAUUCGAUAAUAUCUGCAAAUUCUCCUUCGGGUUGGACCCUGGUUGCCUCAAAUUAUCUUUGCCGGCUUCGGAAUUCGCUGAAGCUUUUGAUUUAGCAUCUAAGUUUUCGGCACAAAGAGGGCAGGCGUAUUCACCUUUGCUAUGGAAGGUCAAAAGGCUACUGAAUUUGGGCACGGAAAAGCAACUUAAAGAAGCCAUUAAAGUACUGGAUGAAUUUGCUCAAGAGAUGAUCGAUCAGCGGCGCAAAGAGGGAUUUUCCGGAAGAAAUGAUCUUCUGUCAAGAUUCAUGAGCACAAUCCAUGAUGACAAGUAUCUUAGAGACAUUGUCAUAAGUUUCCUACUGGCUGGUCGUGACACGGUGGCCUCAGGAUUGACUAGCUUCUUUUGGUUGUUAACUCAGCAUCCAGAAGUCGAGUCAGCCAUCCGAGACGAGCUGGAACGGGUCGUGGGGUCGAGUGAUGAACAAUUCGCAAGCUUUAAUCAAAUGCGAGAGAUGCACUAUUUGCACGCGGCAUUGUAUGAAAGCCUGAGACUGUUUCCACCUGUCCAAUUUGACUCCAAGUUUGCUCAAGAAGAUGACAUAUUGCCUGAUGGAACCUUUUUGAGGAAAGGCACCAGGGUUACCUACCAUCCAUAUGCAAUGGGACGGAUGGAACAGGUUUGGGGCUCCGAUUGCCUUGAGUUCAAGCCAGAAAGAUGGUUGAAAAAUGAGAAAUAUAUCCCUCAAGACUUAUACAAGUUCCCAGUUUUCCAAGCGGGGAAAAGGGUUUGUUUAGGGAAGGAAAUAGCAGUGGUGGAGAUGAAAUGUGUGGUUCUUGCCGUAAUUAAGAGGUUCAAAAUCCAGGUUCCCGGUCUCAAUCAAGCACCGAGGUUUGUCCCUGGUCUCACCGCCACCUUGAGAGGUGGCUUACCGGUUCUAUUCCAAGAAAGGGAAGCUUAAUUCUGACACUUGCCUACACUUUGCUUUGGAGAUAGAUAUAAGCUGAUCUCCAUUUGAGUUGAAUUUUAAAAUCUUUUUAACACAGCAAAUCUAAUGGGUCAAAGGGGAUACGUGUAUGUUUCUUCCUGUAUAAAUAUUUUGUUCAGAU